GAUCAAUACCUCGAUUCCGCACGAGCACAGCGCCGUUUCCGGUUGCUGAAGAUACCUGCACACUCGCGAAAUCUGCUCGAGAAUCUUCGUCGUUCCUUCGUCGUUCCUUCUUGCGAUUAUUCCACUAUUUUUGCUAUCACUCAAAAUGUACUGGAUCCUAUUUCUUUCCGUGGUUGUUGCAGUUCAAGCAUCAGUAUACUUGCCUCCACCACUUAAGGAAGAGCAACUGUUAACUGAUACUUUUCUCCGAGAAUUGAUUAAUCAAAUGGGAAAUGAACUGGUGGAUACAGCAGAUUCAUAUUUGGAAUAUCAAGACAAACCGAAAGAAAUCCCUAUUGAAUUACCUGCUGAUUAUGACGGUAUGGACACUUUAAAUCCUAAUCCUAGCAUCCGUGAUCAGGAGUACUUACAACAUAGCACAUUGUGGAGUCACCAACGUGUUAACAAUAACGAUAAGACAAACGACAGACAAAAAAUUAAACCUGGUAGCAUAAAGAAUAUCAAGGAUGAGAAGGAAAAUGCUUUACCUGCGUAUUGUACGCCACCGAAUCCUUGUCCAGUUGGAUAUACAAGCGAAAACAAUUGUAUCGUGAAUUUCGAAAAUACAGCGGCAUUCAGUCGAGAUUAUCAAAGUGCACAAGAUUGCAUGUGUGACACGGAACACAUGUUGGAUUGUUCGGUUGAUUCCACAAACAGCAAUCUACCGAACAUGCAUAUUUCAAACUCCAAUUUCAACCAAAUCGUCGAUCAAUUUCAGGCUGAAGAAAAUCCGUUCUUCCGAGGUGAAAAAUUACCGAUCGCGGCGAAGAAAGGUCUAAACGUCGUCUAUUAAAAUAUUGGGUAUAUUUUGCUGGAAACUAUUAAGAUAUAUCGUUUGUGAAAUUUUACAGCAUUUUAACGUAUAUUAAAAAUCAUCCUCAGUCCAAUAUGUGAUUCAGUAAAAAAAAGAACAUGAAGUAGAGAUAAAUUUAUAACUAGAAAAAAUUUUCAUAAUUUUUUAAUUUAUCAAUAAUUCCAAAACCUGGUGCUAAAUAAAAUUACAUAUAUAAAUAUUUUAAUAUCAUAUUACUAAUUAUGAUGCAAAGUAACGAUUUUAAAUCAAUGUACAUAUACCAAAUGCAUAUACAAAGAAUAUAUUAAAUAUUCUAAAUGCGUUACGUUUUUAAGAAUUAUAUGUAUUCUGUUAAAAAGUUAUUCUUGUUUCACAAGAUAAUAAAUUACAUAAAUGUUAAAUAAUUAAUCUAUCUAUAAAAUAUAUUUAUAAUAGUUUUUUUUUUUUAAUCUUAACGUUUGAAUUAUAUCUGGCAAGAUAAAAAUUUUAUAAAUAUACACUUAUUAAUUGUAUUUUUUUUCAUAGCAAUAUAAAACCGAGUAUUAUUUUUGUUAUUCACAAUGUAAAAAAAUAUAUAUGUAUGUUAAAAUGAUAUAUUCCAUUUAUUUCUAUACAUACAAAAGAUAUAUAUUUGUAAACUAUUUAAGAAUGUCAAUUUAACAUAUUAUCUAUAUAUAUGCUAUAUAUCUGUACAAAAUUUGUAUAAAUUAUGCAAUUAAUUUAUUGCACAAAACUUAUUAAGAUUUGUUCAAUCGUCGUAAAUUUAAAAUAUUACUGUAAAAUUCAUUAACAAAUAACACAUAAAUGUAAAUUAAUUAAUUAAAUAAUUUAAUACAUGA